UCUGGAGAUAAUCACUAUCAUCCUGUUUGCUAUGUUUGUGGUUUACGAAGAUGGCAAACCAGCACACCAUGGUACUCCUGACAACUCCACACAUGAAGAGUUGCCACCAAUGAACCUCUAUCCCACAAACCUUUUGUGAGCGACCGGCGGAGUCGGAUGGGAGUGGAGCGUGGAGAAUGAGCCCCAGGUCUCUUGGAGCUUAGGGAACCAGAAGCUCCAGUCUGUAUCAAUUGACACCAUAAUAGAGCUCAUAUCCUGUUCUCCACUGGAAGACAUACAAUAUUGAAAUAUAUGCUUUACUAUACCAUCCUGCACUAUUCUAUAUCACACUACUGUUUACUAUACUUUCACAAGAAGUCCGUCCUUAAAAUUGUAUUAAGUGAAACUAAUAGGGAGGAAUGUUUUCAACUUCCUACUGUGGGAGUCUAACAAGCUUAGACUUAUUGAGAUCAUGUGCCAUGAAUAGAGCUGCAUGAGGCUAAUGAUGCACAGGGUUAAGGAGGGCCAUCUCUGUGUUCUAUUCACAGCUAACUGAAUUGCUCUUCCUUCAGAUAAAUUGGAAUUUACAGUGAGACCUUAUGGGGGGUUACCAUGGCAUAGUCCAAUGACUGGUCAAGGACUUCUGAAACAAGGAACCUGAGGUCCCUUGUCCUACAUUUGCACUGUACAGUUAAUGAUGAGUAAUCAUGACAAAUAUGAUUCUACAAAGGUUUGGAUUUCUACAAAAGAAAUCCGCAAUUUCUUAAGUACCUACUACUAACAGUUUUUCUCUCGUUGUCAAGGGCAAGUAGACCCUGCAGAGAAUCUGAAGAUGAAUCCAUUCAGACCGACAGUCAUCCUCAUCAUUUUCACAUUUUGUUUUAACAUUAGAGGAUGGAUAUCGCACAGUCAAAUGUCCCUGAACUGUCCUGGCUUCCCUUCUGUCCCUAGUGUUCCAGGAUGUCCAUGUGAUGAUCUUCAUUGGAUUUGGAUUCCUGAUGACCUUCCUGAAGAGAUAUGGCUUCAGUAGUGUUGGAGUCAACCUGCUCUUGGCUGCCUUCGGCCUGCAGUGGGGCCUGCUCAUGCAGGGCUUCUGGCACAUGGACCACGGAAAGAUCAAAGUCUCCGUUGAGAAGAUGAUCAAUGCGGACUUCAGCACGGCAACAGUUCUUAUCUCUUUCGGGGCUGUGUUGGGCAAAACCAGUCCGGUCCAGCUUCUUAUUAUGACUAUCCUGGAGAUCACCAUCUUUUCUAUCAAUGAGCACAUCGUAGUCCAGAUCUUAAAGGCCAAUGAUGUUGGAGCAUCCAUGAUCAUCCAUGCCUUCGGGGCCUACUUUGGCUUGGCGGUGGCUCGCAUGCUGUACCGGCCAGCCCUCAGAAACGGCCAUGAAAACGAUGGGUCUGUCUACCACUCUGACCUGUUUGCCAUGAUUGGAACCGUCUACUUGUGGAUGUUCUGGCCGAGUUUCAACUCAGCCAUUGCUGAACCUGGACUGACUCAGCUCAAGGCUGUAGUCAACACCUACUUCUCCCUGGCUGCAUGUGUACUGGCUGCCUACGCUAUCUCCAGCCUUGUGGAGCACAAAGGGAAGCUGGACAUGGUCCACAUUCAAAAUGCCACACUGGCCGGUGGUGUUGCCGUGGGGACCUGUGCUGACAUGGACAUCGAGCCUUUUGGUGCAAUGCUGAUUGGACUCCUGGCUGGCAUCAUCUCCACUGUGGGCUUCAAGUACCUCACUCCCAUCCUUGCAUCCAACCUGGGCAUCCAGGACACAUGUGGCGUCCACAAUCUGCACGGCAUGCCUGGCAUCCUGGGGGGUCUGGCUGGCAUUGUGGCUGUGGCUCUAGGAAAGAAGGAAGGGGGCGCGGCUACAAUGCAGGCUGCAGCUCUGGCCUCGUCUCUCGGCUUCGCUCUGGUGGGAGGGGCCAUCACAGGUCUGAUAAUGAAGCUUCCAUUCUGGGGACAGCCUCCAGACCAAAACUGUUUCGAUGACUCAAUCUAUUGGGAGGUACCUGAGGAAGAGGAUGAGAAUGAGGAGAGCCUGGCUCAUGGAGACCAUUCCAAGAACAAAGCUGAAGUGUAAAGUUCUGAGCUGUGAAAGGGAGGCAAUGUGUACCAGAACAAAUAUUCCAGCAAUAAUCAAUGCCAAGUAUUAUAGGGCAUCCUUAACAUCUUGAAGUUACACUGUGUCUUUGGUUCAGGCUAACUCACUGCAACUCUCCUCUUCAACCACAUUUAGCAGGGAAAUGUAAUGUUCCACUUUUUGUGUAACCAUACAGUGUAUAACCUUCUUGUACUAAUUUGGAUUGAAUUUGUACAGAAUUUGGUUUUGGACUCUUGUGUAUUAUUCUUAAAUACAUGAUGAGAUAUUAUGAUAUCACAUUGUGUUUUAUUUGAUCUCCAUAGGAAUGUGAUAUAAUGACUAAGACAUUUCUCCCCUAUGAGAAACCUUGUUCACACAAACAAAUUUCAAACUUGCAAUUAUAUGAUUUGCUAUGAUUUAAACCUGACACAAAGUGUUUAUUGGUUAUUCACAUAUUUUGUUCCAACAAAGCAAUAUUAUUGAUCCCUUCAUUUGAAUUGACUCAACUGCCUUUCUUCUUUUCUCAAAAUGGUGAAAAAGGUUGUUUUCGGGGAUUUUAUACACUGAAUUUGAUUUAAUUUACCAUCGUGAGCCACUGCAAAUGGUAAGUAGUUGAUGAGUCAAUCAUAUGAAUACAUUUCAUAGUUUUUUUGUGUAAGUUUUGCCAUUUACAUGUGUAUCUAUUGUAUCUAUGUCAUUUUGAUAACAAAAAUGUGUGACCAUGCCAAACCAACUGACAGAAUCCAUGCAGACCUCAUACUGUAGAAUGAGAACAUAAAGGUCAUUAGAGAGAAAGUCACUGAGAUUUUGGGGCUUAUUUCACCUAUAGUGUAAUCAUUUCUGUAUAGUAUGUAUUACAUGGAUAUAGUAUUUUUUUCUAGACACUGCAAAGUACUAUAAGUGGGUGCUGGCUGUAACAGAAAUUUUUGGUUUGAUUACAGCAGUCAUAAACCAUAAUCUGAGGGCAGGUCAGGAUGAAACUACAGAUAGAUAGGUUCAUAGUGUUUUUUUUGUUCUCAUAGUUUAGUAUGAGUGAUUUAGAAUUGGAGCUUUGAAUGUGCUUGUAAAGACUUUGUAUCUAGCUAUACAAUACUAGUAUUUUGUUAAAGAAAAUCGGUAUUACUCUGUAUAUACAGUAUACAAUAGUAUACUGUCAUAUAACAGUCAUUCAUAAAUAUGUUUUUAUAUUAA